CCCUCUGCAGCAGCCCUCAUGUCCAACAGAUCCUCCAGGAGGAAGAAGGACCCGGUGGAGAGGCAGCCCAGCUGUGUGGACGACACCCGCAUCGAUGCAGGCGACAUCGUGGAGAAGAUCGUCCAGAGCCAGAACUUUUCUGACAGCAGCAACAAUGAAGACAGCAACUUGAGACUGUUUGUCAGUAAAGAUGGAACCACCGCCCUCAGCGGGACACAGCUCUCCAACAGAGGAACACCUGGUAUCUUUGAGCCGGUGGUCAUCGAGACUCACUGAGAGAUAUCACCUCUCCAGCUCAUCAGCUGGGAAUGAUUGUGUGACAUCAGAUUGUCUGUGACUGUAUGUGCAAGGUUUCAUACUGUACUUCAGUGCACACGACUUGAAAUAAGUCGACAAUAUAAAUGAGGAACGUUUAUUAAUUAAUCAGGAGGUACACUGAAACGUUGACUUUAUCUAAAUGUAUUAAGUUGAACCUAUUUAAACAUAAUAUUAUUGCUUUCGA